AUAUUGGGGAUCAGAGGAGCUGUUAGAAUUGAUUAAAAUAAGUUAUGGAGUCAACUACUGAAGAAUAAUUUAGAGAAAAGUCAUUUUAACUGCAUACUGUACAUUAAGGAUUGUUUUGCAUGAUCAUUAAUAGAAAUGAACUGAUUUAUAAAUGCAAAACAGUUGCACAUUUCAUACAUUAUACAGUAUAUAUUUUUGUAGAUAUUCAAAGUGACUUGCAGGCAGUAAUUUGUCCUUACAGUGCAUAACACAGUAGAAUGUUACAUAAAUGCUAAUUUCUACAUAAAUAGUAGAAGUUUUUUGGUAAUUUUACACUUCAUGGUUUUUACUUCAAACAAAAACACAUGCAUAGAUGCACACAAAAGCAGGCAAGUACUUUAAAAAUUUGAUGUUUUUUAAAUGACAGUUCAGGCUACUCGAUCAACAGAAUAUAUUACUGUGGAUACUCAUUAAAAGUCUUCACCUGCUGGUACAUGUGCAGGCCUUUGACAGUACUGUCAUGCAGCUCACAACAUGAGAGAGUUAUGACUGAGCCAGCAACAUUAAACAUACUGUAUAGGAUUUUGACUACUUGGAUGACAUGCCCUGAUCCAAGAAUUCAAAAUCCUGAAAGACCUUUACAAAGUUAUUCUAGCCACGUUGUUGAAGGCAGAACUCGGGAUUCUAGGAAGCAAAGACUGGAUGAGAUCCUCUGAUGAAUGAACUACUGUAUCAAAAGAGCUAGAUGAACCAGAUAGUCACCCCAUGUUUGUAACCUUACUUACAGUACAUAUACCUCCAGUACCUGUUAGUUCUUAUAAACCUGCUGCUGGAGGAAUUAAUACAUCACUUACAUUUUGACCCAGAUAAUCUCACUCCGGUGUGCACAUUCACGAAAAUGGAAAAACAAAUAAGCGAAUUAAAUGUUCUCAUUGUAUCGAAAAACUUUUUGAUUAUUCUGUUACGAGCAGUUUACCUUCUCCAUCGCUUAUCUGUUUAACCUUUUUUUUUCAUGAGGCAUGCUCAUGCCCGUGAAGAGUACUGUUGUGGUUUCACCAUUUCCAUGACUACAGUCUACUAGGAAAAGGGGGAGGGUCCUUCCAGAGCGUGCUCCUUCCUUCCACAUGGGAGGUGCGCUUGAAUGGGAUUGGAGCCGCUCCAGACAUCACAGCCCUAUUUAUACAGCCCGCAGCGCUCAGCACACCAGAAACCUGAGCAAGCCUGAAGUGGGGGAAGACCUGCAGCUGAGAAGCUCUCUGACAACACUGGACCAUUUAUGGUAAUUCUUCAGCAAACCCGUCUUUAAAGACGCAUUGCUGAAUUUCUGAAAUCUCUGAAGAUUUGUGCGCUUCUUCUCUCUGAUCUUUUGCCCAUGUGGGUGAUGGACAAAAUCCGCGUGUCUGUGGAAAGAACAAGCCUGUCUCUCCCCAUAACGGAAUACAGUUUCAAAAUCGGAGACAUCAUGUUUGGAGGAGAUAAGAUGUCGUCUGCGAAAAACAAAAAGAUCUCCCUGUGCCCUAAUAUCAUCACCCCCGACAGAAUCCCCGAGUUCUGCAUACCGCCGAAAUUCCCCUCACAGCAGGACCUCAAGACUGCUGAACUGAACAAACCCACUCCCAGCCUUAAGAUUUCCUCUUCGGAAAAGGGCAGUCCUGGAAAGGUUCCCCAGCACCGAGAACUGGUCAACACUCAUGUGAUCCAGGUGGAAAGUGUGGACGAGAUGCCCUUUGACUAUGGAUACAGUGACGAAGAGAGCACCAAUGCUGAUCCACAGUCCCAAGCUGCGCUGUCCUUGCCCCAUCUUGCAAAAGCCCAGACCUCCUAUGGGUUUUGCACCUUGCUUGAAAGCCCACACACCAGGAGAAAAGAGUCUUUGUUCCACAACGAUCCCGGCUCCUGUGGGAUCCCAGUGGUACUUCCCAGAGGCAGGUCCAGCACGUACUCAAAAAUCUCCUCGUCCACCUUCAGCCUGAACGCCAUAACUUCCAGGCUCUCCCCCAGAAGUUUCAGCUUGAACAGGCAGGGCACAUUGGACAGUGACACUGCUUCGUCCACAGAGUCCUCCCCUUUCAGCUCUCCCAUGUUAAACAGGUCUCCCCCUAAAUCCUCUCUGUUCAAGGCACUGAGCCAGGAGAAGCUGCUGUCCAGGACUGUGAAGAAAUCAACAGUGUGCAGGAACAAUUCUUUGUCAACAGACGAGGGGAGUUCAACAGACAACAGCCCAAAUAUCUUGAGAAGAGCAUCUGAGGGCUUGAUAGACCCCAUGCCCUGUCCCUAUGGCUUGACCCCCCCUGCAAUUUUCCCAAUGGACCUAGUGUACUACAGGGAUAGAUUCAUGAAAGAAAGCCUCAUACCCCUGGGGAAAAAUGGGACCCUAAGACUUUCUGCUGAGUAUAGCCCAGAGAAUCAGAGGCUCCGUGUGCGCUUGAUCAGUGCAGAAGGACUGUAUGCCUUGUCUGUGGAUCCCAAAAGCAUCAACUGCAGUGUCAGCAUCUCUCUGCUGCCGGGAAAAAUCCAGAAGCAGCGCAGCACUGUGAUCCGGAAAAGCCGGAACCCUAUUUUCAACGAGGACUUUUUCUUUGAUGGAAUUUCUGAAGAAGAGCUGUCUUACAGGUCUCUCAGGUUUAAAGUUGUUAACAAAAUGUCAAGUAUGAAAAGAGAUUAUGUUUUGGGAGACUGUGAGCUCCCUCUGAGCAGCAUUUCACCUGCAUAAUGAUUCUACAGGACACCUUUUUUACUAUUUAUAUGUAUAUACAGCAAAAAGUGUUAUUUAUUUAUACUUUUAUACUUUGCUAAAUGCUGGUUUGAUAUUAAAUGGCAUUUUUGAAAAACA